AUGACGAGAAGCUUCUUCCUUCUUGUGCUCACGCCUGUCGUCGUUGCUAGCGGCGACGCUUUGCUGGAUCACACGGCCGGCAUACGACCCGACUUUGCAUCCUCGGAUCAAGAUCAAGUAAUUGAGUCUAACGUGACCGGCACGUUGGCAUUUCGAUCAACCGAAGGAACGACUAAUGCUGCCAGUGAUGAGAGAAUGCUGCAUUCUUUCGAAUCGUCAGCAGAAACGAUUGGAGCCCUUGCGAGCGGGAGUGAAAGCUGGAUUCCACAGAUAGAGGAGGGGAUUCCCUGGAGGGAGCUACUGAUCAAUGCAGCAUCCGAUGCUGAACGUGCCUGGGAGAAUUAUGCGACAGCCUGGAGAGACAAGAAUAGUGGCUUGAGUAAAUCGGUGGCUGACUGGAGGAUGGAUCUCGACGAUGCUAUAAGGGCAGAGGAUGAUGCUUGGGUGGAGUAUGAGGCUGACUGUGCGAAGGCGGAGGCCACCUAUCGUAAACUGCAUGAAGUGUGGGGGAAGAAGAGAGCAGCCCGAAAAAAGCGUCAAGCAGCUUGGAAUAAGUUCAACGCAGCAUCAAAGAGCAAGAGGUUACCUGGAGCUGCCUGGGCAAAGGACCCGGUUGCCUACAGGAAACGAUCACAGGCUUGGAAGAUCAAGAUGAACGCUUGGAAAAAAGACAAGGCUGUGCGGAAAGCGGACAUAGCUUAUCGACAAAGUAGCAUGGCAAACGUGAAGGUUGAAGCUGUUCGUCGGAUGAUCGAUGCGUUGGUAAGGGAGAUCAAGACGUACCUGAGGGAAUUCGAGGACCUGGAGGCAAUGGGUGUUACGGUGGAGGGCUACCAAAAACGAUUCGAUUUGGACCCGUUGAUCGUGAAUCAGUAUGUUGGCGGCGAAGUCACUCGCGAGAUUCUUUACCGUAAUGGGCCGGCGUACACGAAGUAUUUGUGUUACAAGAUAUUCAUCGAGAGUGGGAAGGAUGCGCUACUGCUCUUACCCUAUCAGUUGCUUUCAUCAAUGAGUCGGCAGGUGUAUCGAAGUUCGCGGGCAAGCCAUCGAUAG